AUGUCGGGCAAUGUCACUGCCACACCACAGCCCUCACCAGCGGCCUCUGCUCCUACUCCUGCUUCUGCCGCGCCCUCCAAUGCGCCCGCACAGUCUGCUUCAAGCCCUGCCCUGGCUUCUAACUCACCUUCAGCCCCGAGGCCCGCCACCAGCCCGCCGCCCUCGACCCCCCAACCAGCUCCCUCGAGCGCGCCCGCGCCCGCACCCGCCCCCGAAUCUUCGCCUGCACCUGCCCCUGCGCGUGCCCCCUCGUCGGCUCCUCCCCCAGCCGCCGACACGUCAAAGACCAAGGCGCCACCGCCGGCUGCAGAGACGAGCGCUCCUCCUCCACCAGCAGCAACCACUGCGCCCUCGACCAACAAUGCCCCGCCUCCUCCAGCCGGUACAAGCACCGUGACGGCCCCCUCGGCGCCCCCCUCGACAGCUGUCCAGACCUCGAUUGUCGUCGUCACGUCGGCCACGGCUCCAGGCCAGCCGCCCCAGGUCAUCACCAUCACUUCAAUCAUCACCCCAUCUGGUAAUGUUGCAGCGCCCACAAAAGGGGCAUCCUCGACCGCCACAGGCGCCGACUCGUCCAGCACGAGCUCCACUGGCCUGCAAAAUGCGCAAAAGGAAGACAGCGGCGGCAUGAGCAGCGGCGGCAAGACUGCCAUUGCCGUCGUCAUCCCCGUUGUGGUCGUGGCGCUGUUGGUGCUGGGCGGCAUCUUUUUCUGGCGAAAGCGCAAGCAACGCAAGAGCGCAGAAGACGAGCGCAGGAAAGAGGUGGAGGAGUAUGGCUUCAACCCCAACCACGACCCAACCCUGCCCGCCGUCGGUGGUCUGGCCAUGGCCGAGGACGAGAGCGGAUACCGAGGAUGGGGCAACACCACGACCAGCUCCAACCGUAAAAUGUCCACGACGCUCACCUCGGGCAUGACGUACUCGGACAGCAACAGCAACCCCGGCGGAUAUGCCAGUCCCCACUCGCCCACACACGGAGUCUACUCUGACGCCCACUCCAACGACCCAUUGAUGGACGGCCGCCGCGAGACAAUGGAUUCGGAUGGCAUUGGCGCCCUCGGUGUUGCCAAUGGCGCUGCUGCUCCCAACUCUGCCCAGAACCAAAUCGGUGUCCACCGUGGUCCUUCCAACGCCUCUUCGACAUACUCUACUGCUGAUCAUUCCGACAACUCGGGCGAUUACCCUGGCAUGACAGGAAACAACCAGCAGGAUUACUACGCCAACCAGGACUACUACCAGCCUGGCCCAUACGGCGCCAGUGAUCCCUAUGGCGGCCAACAGCAGCCCAUUAUAAGAGACGUGUCAGCACGGCGAAACACGAGGAUCGAGAACCCCAGUGUUUUCCCCCACCAAGGGAACUCUGGCAUUGCGCAAAACUUUUAA